AUUUAUUUUUUUGUCGGACUGUGUUGUUUGCAAAAUCGCGUGCUUUGUUCACUUAAAUAUCAUAUUUCAAUGUUGUAAUCAUUAUAAAGAGUAAUUUUACUUAGGGGUUAGAUAUUAACAGUGUAGGCAUUUAAAUUAUGACACUUUACUGGCGUUAAUUACAGCGCUCCUUUAUACUACUUAGCCGGUAUCGAAAUGUUAACAAAUGUUGUAAUAUUAAAGCUGUUAUGGAUAUUAACAGCUUAUUUAAUAAGCAAUACAGAAUGUGCUCAACUGCCAGGUGACCUGAAACGUCCCAAGGGGAGGUAUACCUUGGAUUUAAGUGGCUGUGGAUUAUUUGAACAGCAGUGCGCACAAUUGGAAGAUGAUCUGGCUAUAUUAUCUUGUGCUUUGACCACAGCUCGCAACAACAAGACACAAGCGUUAUCCACGUGCCAACAUCAAGUGUGGUCUCAUCAGUCAGAGCUCAUUGACAACACAUACAUUAAUUAUAAGUUGAAACAACCAUGUCAAGACGAACUUUUAAUAAUGGAUUGUUUAAAUCCUCCCGAAGUUGCUAUAGAUUGUGUGCUCAAGAAAAAGGCAAGUGUAAAGAACAGAAGUUGUUGGAGGAUGAUAAAUAAAAUAGAGUCCAUGAUCUUUAAUGAUUGGCAAAUAAUUGACAGUUUUUUAAAGGCCUGUAAUGAUGACAUCCAGGCCUAUACCUGUGGUAGAAUACCGCCAGAUUUUAGAAGUCUUUCACAGAGUCAAACACUGAAAUGUCUUGAAACUAAGGAGACUUUAAAGCCAGAGUGCAAUACUGAAAUCACUGCAUUAAAAGAAUUGAAAUACAGUACUCUUCAAAUGGAUAAGAUAGUGUUUGUGGCUUGUAAUUUAGAUCACAAGACUUUCUGCCCAGAUGAAGUCCCGGGAUCAUGGUUGAUGUACAAAUGUCUUGUUCGGCAUAAAUAUGAGAAUGCAAUGACUAAAAGGUGCCAAGAUCAACUUUUCUAUGAUCAGAGAAAUAUGGUAAUGAAUUACAAAGCAAGUAAGGGACUUGUUAGAUCAUGUAAGGAAGACAUAAGGAAGUAUCAUUGUCGCAAAGGAGUGGUAGAUGAUAAGGAUGUGAGGCUUGCACAAAUACUAUUAUGUUUAGAAAAUGUAUCAAGGACUGAUACUAAUAGGCUCGCUCCGGAAUGCUCAGCAGAAAUGAUUGACCACAGGAAAAUGCUCCUGGAUGACUACAGGUUAUCACCAGAACUGAUGCAUGAAUGUGCUAAUGAUAUUACUGCACUCUGCCGAGGAAUAGAAGCUGGAGGUAAAACACUGCACUGUCUAAUGGAUCAUGCAAGACCCAGAAAGAGAAAGGAAAAACGAAUUAGCUUGGCUUGUCACAAGUCUUUACAGGCACUGGUCCAAGAGGCGGACCCAGGGGAAGACUGGAGAGUUGACCCGAUUUUGCGCAAAGCCUGCAAGCCUGUAGUAGACAGAGCGUGCCAAGAAGUAACUGGAGGUAACGGAAGGGUCAUGUCCUGUCUCAUGGAAAAACUUGGUACAGCAGUCAUGAGUAGCGAUUGUGAAGCAGCCAUAAUGCAAAUUCAAUACUUCAUAUCAAGAGAUUUUAAACUAGACCCUCAAUUAUAUAAGGCAUGUAAAUAUGAUGCUGUCAUGCAAUGUAAAGCAACACUUAAAUGGGCUGAUGCUAGUGAACACCAGUCGGAGAAAGAUCCUGUAAUUUUACCAUGCCUUUACAAUUUUGCUUAUGAUCCGGAUUUGAGAGACAAAAUAAAACCAGCCUGUGUACAGCAGGUUAGAAGAGUAAUGAGGCAAAGGGCAGUGAGCGUAGAUUUACUUCCAGAAAUAGAAGAUUACUGUAUAGAUGACCUAACUAAUUUAUGUAUAGGAUACACAGGUAAAGGAGAAGAAAUUGCUUGCUUGCAGAGAAAGAUUAAAGAUUUAUCUGCUAAAUGUAAAGAGGCUGUUACUAAUUUUACUGAGACCCAAAGUGGGCACAUAGAGUUGAAUACAGUGGUUAGCACUAACUGUAGAGUUCCUAUAGAGAGGCUCUGUUCUUCUGAGCUAAAGACUAAAAAGGAGGAAGAUGAUGUCUUGGAAUGUUUGAUAAGUCACAAAAAUGAUCCAGAAAUUAAAAGCAACGUGAAAUGCAAAGCGGCAAUUGAUCACGAGCAGUUGAUAUCUCUCAGAAACUACAGAUUUACACGAAAGUUCAAAAAUGCUUGCAAGUCAUAUGUUCUCAGAUAUUGUCCAAAAGCACAAACAAAAAUUCAGGUUGUGACAUGCUUGAGUGAAAUUGUUAGGAAUGAUACUAUUAACAGAAGAAAGCACACAAUAUUUAAGGAAUGUCGCCAGCAGCUAAGGAGUCAGUUGUUCCAACAGAAAGAAAGCAUUGAUUUGGACCCAGAACUUAAGGAAGCUUGCAAAACAGAUUUACAAGAAUACUGUCCAAACGUAGUUCAUGCAGAGUCUGCUGCAUUAGAAUGUUUACAAACGGCUACUGGGAAACUAUCUGAUAGUUGUAGGAAAGCUAUAUUUGUAGUUCGCAAACAGGAAUUCACUGAUAACGCAGUUGAUUACCAUUUAAUCAAUACAUGUAACAAUAUGAUAGAUUUAUACUGCCACAAUACGGAUCCUGCCAACAUAUUUGAAUGUUUAAAGGCACAUCAUGACAAACCCGACUUUGCGGAAAGUUGUAAAGUGGUUAUAGUAAACAGGAUGAUAGAACAAAAUACGGAUUAUCGUUUUAAUAUAAACUUACAGAAGAAUUGUGAUAUGGAUAUUAAAAAACAUUGUUCAAGUAUCGUUGAGAAUGAACCUCAAGAUAUUGAACUCCAAGGAAAAGUAUUAGAUUGCCUAACAGAGAAGUUCCGGCAGUCUAAACUGACCAGCGGCUGUGAGAAUGAGCUAACAAACAUACUCAAGGAACAAGCCUUGAACUACAGACUUAACCCUCUGCUUAGCAAGCUAUGCAAUGCUGAGAUACAGACGAUAUGCGCCGUGCCUAAUGAUUCAAUCACGAAAUCCGAUGGACAGGUUGAAGAAUGUCUCAAGAGUGCUUUAGUGAACAACAAAAUAGUCUCCGCGGCGUGUGCCCAUGAAGUGGCUCAAAUAAUUGAAGACAGGAAGGUGGACAUCAAUGCCGAUCCGUUAUUGGAGCGCGCUUGCACUUUCGACUUACUGAAGUACUGCAAAGAUCUGGAACAUGGUGAUGGAAGACGCCUAAAAUGUUUGAAAAUUAUACUCAAUGACGACAGCCGAAAAUUAGAGGAUGAAUGUAAAAAAGAAUUGACAAAUAGAUUGGAAAUGUAUAAACAUGUUAGUGCUGCUAGACUGGAAAAUCUGGGUGAUGUUUUAAAUGAAAUGUCAUCUUCUCCAGCAAAGAAAUACUUCCUAGUCAUAGGUAUCUCUACAGUUGGCCUCAUCUUUAUAUUUGGUCUAUACUGCGGACGCAUGACAAGACGGGCUAUGUAUGUUAAGAAAAAAUAGAUUAAGUAGAUAAAUUACGAACAAAUAAAUACUUUAUUAGUCUUUAAUAAAA